UCAAGCGAUUUCAAUGUCUUAGCAUAUAAAAAUUCUAAAAGAAGAAUUAAUAAUGUUCAACCUGGACAAUCGCCUAACCGACACACAUCUCGAAAAUUAUUAAGAGCUAUACCAAAACAAAUCACAUAUAUGCUCGAAGCUGACAUAUUAUGGAGAAUGGGCAUUACUGGAAAAGAUAUAAAAGUAGCGAUAUUUGACACUGGACUUGCCGCUAGUCAUCCACAUUUUAGGAAUAUUAAAGAAAGGAUAAAUUGGACAAAUGAAAAUACUCGAGAAGAUGGCCUAGGUCAUGGGACAUUCGUAGCCGGUGUUAUCGCGUCAUCCUCUAGAGAUUGUUUUGGAUUUGCUCCAGAUGCAGAUCUUUAUAUUUUCCGUGUUUUUACAAACGCUCAGGUAUCUUAUACUUCAUGGUUCUUGGAUGCAUUUAAUCAUGCCAUAUUUCGGAAGGUAACUGUAUUAAAUCUCAGCAUUGGUGGUCCAGAUUUUAUGGACCAACCAUUUGUUGAUAAAGUAUGGGAGGUUACAGCUAAUGGUAUCAUUAUGGUGUCGGCAAUUGGCAAUGAUGGACCUUUAUAUGGCACUUUAAAUAAUCCUGCCGAUCAAAUGGAUGUGAUUGGUGUAGGAGGCAUUAAUUGGGAUGAUCAAAUAGCAAGGUUUUCAUCGCGCGGUAUGACUACGUGGGAAUUACCUUAUGGAUACGGUAGAGUCAAACCUGACCUAGUUAUAUAUGGAUCGGGAGUAAGAGGGUCCGCUUUACAGAAUGGAUGUAGAAGUCUUUCCGGUACCUCUGUUUCUAGUCCCGUUGUUACCGGCGCGAUUGCGUUAUUAGCUAGCGCAUUUGUAGAAACAAAUAAAUCUAAAAUUAAUAAAGAAAAGGUUACACCAGCGAGUAUGAAACAAGCGUUAAUAAAUUCAGCUCGUCGCUUACCUGGAAUUGGUAUGUUCGAGCAAGGUGCGGGAAAAUUAGAUCUCUUGCGAGCAUUUUAUUUUUUACAAUCAUAUACCCCUGUCGUUACACUUCAUCCAAGUUACAUAGAUUUGACGGAAUGUCAAUAUAUGUGGCCGUACUGUACUCAAGCUAUAUAUCAUACUGGUAUGCCCGUAAUAGUCAAUGUAACUAUAAUAAAUGGUCUGGGGGUGGCUGGGAAUGUAGUGAAUCUUACCUGGCAUCCGUAUACCGGUAAUGGCAAUGGUGAACAUAUUGAUGUGGCGUUAACGUACAGCGAUGUCCUGUGGCCAUGGUCUGGCUGGUUAGCAGUUGCUAUAACGGUUCCAUUGAUGUCUCACGACUGGCAAGGGAUCACACAAGGCCAUAUCUCUCUCACUGUUGAGAGUGAUGGCGCAGGUAAGCCACGCCAAUCAACAGUAACGCUUCCAUUGCAGGCAAAAGUUAUACCCACACCUCCCAGACAUAAACGUAUUUUAUGGGAUCAGUAUCAUAACUUGCGAUAUCCACCCGGAUAUUUUCCUAGAGAUGAUUUGCGCGUAAAAAAUGACCCUCUUGACUGGAAUGGAGAUCAUAUACAUACUAACUUUAAAGACAUGUAUCAACAUUUACGUAAUGCCGGGUAUUAUCUUGAAGUGCUUGGCUAUCCGUUCACCUGUUUUGAUGCAAGAAAUUAUGGGACUCUGCUUAUCGUAGAUACAGAGGAAGAAUUUUUUCCUGAAGAAGUGGCAAAGCUAAAACGGGAUGUGAAAGAAGAUGGUUUAUCAGUAAUUGUAUUUGCAGACUGGUACAAUAUAGCAGUUAUGCGAAAAAUCAAGUUUUAUGACGAGAAUACUCGUCGAUGGUGGAUACCGGAAACGGGAGGUGCCAAUAUUCCAGCCAUAAACGAUUUGCUUUAUCCCAAUUGGGGUGUGGCAUUUGGCGACGAAGUACGAAAUGGUCAAUUCACUCUUGGCCAGCACGCGCCAGUCACAUUCGCAUCCGGGACUACGUUAAUUAGAUUUCCAAAGGAUGGGAUUGUUCUAUAUGCGGACUUAUACGAUCAGGGCCAAGAGCUACUGGAAAAAGAAUCGGGAACAUCUGCAUUCGUACCGAUACUUGGACUUUUACAAGUGACUAAUGAAAAAGAUGUUGAAAUGGCACGUAAUGAUAAAAUUAAUGACGAAUUGCAGGUAGAUCAAAAUAGUGAAAAAAAUGUCAAAGAACAGACAAGUAUGUCUGGCAGACUCGUUGUUUAUGGAGAUUCAAAUUGUAUUGAUGACAGCCAUUUACAGAAAUCUUGUUUUUGGAUGCUUGAUGCUAUCUUGGAAUACACAACAACAGGAUAUGUACCUACCGUUUUUAUGAACGAAAAUCAAAGAAAACACAAGACUGUUAAGACGACGAGUAAUAUAGCGAUUGGAAAAUUACCGCAUCGAAUGAAAGAAAAUCAUUUCAGUCGUCAUAGUAAAGUAAUAGCUAAUGAACCUGCAGGCAGCUUUAAAUCUCUUCCAUUAUGUAUAACCCCUAUCUAUGCUGUGCCCGUACCAGUCAAUGAUUCUGUGCCAAUAGAACUUUACAAGCCUCAGAAGCUGCUCCCUGUAGCAGAUACCAUGAGCGCAGUGAAUUCAGUAUUGCAGGAUACAGACACUAUGUGGCUUAAGAGACGAGUCGGUGGUGCUGGUAUCCCUACGUUACAACAUCUCGACACUGACAUUAUAGCUUACGACAUGAAUGAAAAUCAGGAAGACAAACAAGCGAUUGUUUACCAAUGGAGUUACAUAAUAGGAAUAAUUAUUAUAGUGAUAGUAGUCUUAUAUCUGUGUAAUCAUUUGGGAUUGAACAGACAUUCGCGCAGGAAACGCACUAUACUCAGAAUAUUUAGAGCUAUUCGAGCCUUGUUUGUACGUAGGAUACCUGCGCAAAUGUAAUUUGAUAAUUUCGUAAGACCGAUUACUAUACAUUGUACACACAAUAUACUUUUUUUAAACAAUUUUAGGCGAAACAUGUAUUUAAAUCAAAGAAAUUUAUAUGCAAAUUAGAUUAUAUUAUGUGCCUUUAAAAGAUACAAUAUGCAUAUAUGAAUUUGUAGAAUACAUAAAUUAUUUUGAUAUUAAAAUUAUAGGUGAUUUA